AUGGCUACUACAGUAAGAAAGUGUUGCUGGGGGAAGGUCAGCUCUCUGGCCCACACCUUCCACCUGUUUCUGCUGUGUUCUUUCCUCAGGGAUCCCAACGGCUUCAAUGACUGGACCUUCUCCACUGUGCGAUGCUUGGGGGAGAGAGCCCGAGGGACCUACAGGCUUGUCAUCAGGGAUGUCGGGGAUGAGUCAUUCCAGGUCGGCAUCCUCCGGCAAUGGCAGCUGACCCUAUAUGGCUCUGUGUGGAGUCCAGUAGACAUCAGGGACAGACAAAGGCUGUUAGAGAGUGCCAUGAGUGGAAAAUACCUGCACGAUGACUUCGCCCUGCCCUGCCCACUGGGGCUGAAAAUUCCUGAGGAAGAUGGUUACACCAUCACCCCCAACACCCUCAAGACCCUGGUGCUGGUAGGCUGUUUCACCGUCUUCUGGACCGUUUACUACAUGCUGGAAGUAUAUUUGAGCCAGAGGAAUGUGGCUUCCAAUCAAGUUUGUAGGAGUGGACCCUGCCACUGGCCCCAUCGGAGCCGGAAAACCAAGGAGGAAGGGACAGAGCUAGAAUCAGUGCCACUUUGCAGCAGCAAGGAUCCAGACGAAGUGGAAACAGAGAGCAGGGGCCCUCCCACCACCUCUGACCUCCUUGCCCCAGACCUGCUGGAGCAAGGGGACUGGAGCCUGUCCCAGAACAAGAGCGCCCUGGACUGCCCUCAUCAGCACCUAGACCUACUGCACGGGAAGGAGGAGCAGAUCUGCUGACCUCAGGGCCUGACAGUGUGGGACAGGCUCUUCUUUCCCAAAAUGAGGGAGCUCUUGACAGAAAGCAGUUCUGAUGCUUACAUCUGGAAUCUGAGGCAUCCUCUGACUCCACUCAAAGAGGGUGAGGGCCUUCUUAAGAUACAAAUGGCAGAGGAUUGCUGCCAGAGAAGUCUGGUCAGAGCCACAGGGUCUGCCUCCAGCCAAACGGGAGCUUUUGGUGAGAAGGUGUUGGACAGGGGAUUGGC